CGCAGAGUUCGAGUGUCCGAGACUGCUAUCAGAGAUGUUUGUCCCUUGUACUGGAGGCAGGACAUCUUGAUUCAUCUGAGAGAUGGUAUUGCUGGACGAAACGUUCGACUCCGUAUCCCAGGAUGUGACCAAGCAUCAUCUGGAGUUGACGGCGUUGAUUCAAGACAUACAGCAGUGUACUGGUCCGCUGGAGUACUUGAACGAUUUGAAUGCAGAAGGUAGAGCGAAAAUCGCGGUUUUGAGGACGAAUAUCGAAAAGCUUGGAAACUUAGCCGAGUGCGAGCGCGACAAGCAAAGAAGAACGGAGUUGCUGUCCAUCAUCGACAGCCUCAAAGGACAAUUGACCUCUGCUUUGGUAGCUUUUAAGAAAGCAAAUAUUCUCAGUGCCAAUGCAAUCGAGGAAAAAUCAAGGGAAGAGUUGCUUGGCGGUUCGGAGGAACAACAGGGCACAGUGAGGAAGAGGAAAGAAUGGGGGAACGUAGCUAAAGAGUCCAGCCGCUUGACUGACAAGCUGCUAGAAAUUUCAAGAAGCUUGGCCGAGGCUAAUGAAAGGAGCGGCGUUACCCUGGAUGCUCUGAUCACAUCCUCGGAUACAGUCAAACAAACGAAUACAGAGCUCGAGGAUCAACAGCAAGUUUUUGCACAGUCAGGGAAAUUGUUGGGCAAAUACGGCAGAAGAGAGAUAACGGAUAAAGCCCUUUUGGCCUUGGCCUUUAUGUUUUUCCUUGCCUGCGUGUUCUAUAUUUUACAGAAGCGGUUGUUUUAAAGGUAAAAAUUUGACAUUCAAAAUUCGAAAACGUUUUUUUUUUCAUUUGAUUUGAGUUGAUUUAAAGUACAAUUAUUAAACGAAGGGAAGUUGUAUGUGCAAACGAGCUUGUCAAGACUUUUUUAUCGUUAAAAGUUGAUAAGUUGCUGAAAUCAAUGCAAAUGACAUUGUAACGUAUUUGGCGUAUCAUUAGCAUAAAGUAUUUCUAUAUGGCGGCGCAGCAGCUGCUUAAGUUGGCUCUGUAGAAUGGCAUUGGUCAAGG